UAGCUCUAGUUGGUGUUAGUGUCUUCAACACUGAACAAGCAAAGGGUGUCUCAGCCCUCGGUAUCAUGGCAGGAGAGGGAGUCACUAUUUCCCAUUGGGUCUCAUGUCCGGUGCGCUACCAGGAGCACUUUAAAACCAGAAACCUUCAGGAAUGCACCACAGAUCAUCGACUGUUUGCCCUGCCAGGACCUGAAUGCCCUCCAGUCAGGGUGGACACUGGAGUGGUACAAGCAGACAGUGAGGACCAAGACUCGGGACAGCCGCUGUUUCAAGUCCUGCUGGACGUGACUCAGUUUAAACCAGAGGAUAUCCUUAUACAAGUGUUUGAAGGGUGGCUGAUCAUCCGAGGUCGACAUGGUGAGAGGAUGGAUGAGCAUGGGUUUGUGUCGCGGGGUUUCACCAGACAGUAUCAGCUGCCUGACUGCCAGCUCCAGGCACGAGACCUGAAAGCCAUACUGUGUCAUGAUGGGAUCCUAGUAGUGGAGACCAAAGACAGAUGGUGGUCAGCGUGUGAUUAAUACAACAAUCAUAGGAGCAAAACUUUGUUUUUCAAGUUGUAUUACCUUACUGUGCUCAUUUCUCUGAAUGUUUAACAACAUCAGGUCUGAUUGAACGCAUAAUGCUUAGCAGCAACAAUGUACAUAAGUUAUAAAAUAAAUACUGCCAAAACAAACAUUUCUCCUGUUUAUAUUUGACAAAAUGAUCUUGUUGUAACACAAUAUGCUAAUUAACAUUUUUACAUAGGCCUGUUUCAUUGCAGGAAUGUGAUAUUGUUAAAAUGCUGUUCAUUUCUUACAGUGACUCUCUAUUCAAUGGCACAAUUUCAAGUGUAGUGCAACUGUCUACAC